CUGAGCAUGACAACACAGACCGACACGGCCUUGUUUCCAUUCAAGCUGACUGCAAAACAACACCAAAAAGAAGCUGCCUGCAUUUGGACUUGAGGAUCUGUGUUUUGUAGCUGUUCCUUCUUCUUUAUGUGCCUCUGGGAGCUGCAGCAGCAUGGCAGAUGACAAGGAUGUGUUGAGAGAUGUUUGGUUCGGCCGGAUCCCAACCUGCUUCACCCUGAACCAGGAUGAGAUUACUGAGAGAGAGGCCGAGCCCUACUAUCUGUUGUUACCCAGAGUGAGCUACCUGACGCUGGUCACAGACAAGGUGAAGAAACAUUUCCUCAAAGUGAUGAAGACCGAGGACGUGGAGGAGAUGUGGUUCGAGUACGAAGGGACGCCACUCAAAUGGCAUUAUCCAAUAGGACUUCUGUUUGACUUCCAUGCCUCCAACACUGUCUUACCCUGGACCAUCACUGUGCACUUUAAGAAUUUCCCAGACAGCGACCUGCUGCACUGCCAGUCCAACUCCGUGAUCGAGGCUCACUUCAUGUCCAGCAUCAAGGAGGCCGACGCGCUCAAGCACAAGAGCCAAGUCAUCAACGACAUGCAGAAGAAAGACCACAAGCAGCUGUGGAUGGGCCUGCAGAACGAUAAAUUCGACCAGUUCUGGGCAAUGAACAGGAAGCUGAUGGAAUAUCCCACUGAGGAAGGAGGCUUCAGAUACAUCCCCUUCAGGAUAUACCAGACGUUGAGCGACAGGCCGUUCAUCCAGAAGCAGUUUCGUCCCGUUUCAUCUGACGGCAACGCACACACACUUGGCGACCUGCUGAAAGAGAUGUACCCAGCUGCUCUACCGAAUGACGGCGAGCCGAAGCGUAACCAGGUGGUGAUUCACGGUAUCGAACCGCUGCUGGAGACUCCUCUGCUGCUCAGCGAACACCUCAGCCACCCGGACAACUUCCUGCACAUCUGCGUCAUCCCCAUCCCCACCGACUGAAGCCCUUCCUCCUCUCUCUCUCUCUCUCUCCCUCUCUCUCUCUCUCUCUCGCUGUCACCGUGACAACCGACCGACUGACCCGACCGGACCGACCAGCCAGCCA